AAAUCAAAUCCCUGCACUUCUCUCUCUUCACGUGUUUCCUGGACCUCCAGCGUCUCAGAGGUUCCACACGCGGCUCUGCUGAGGUGAACGGAGCAGACAGAGGAGCAGACAGAGGAGCAGACAGGAGGAGCACCUGUCAUGGAAACUGUGGAGAGGCGCUCCUGACUCUCCCUCUGUGUGCGUGUGCGUGUGUGUGUGUGUCUGUGUAUGUGUGUGUGUGUCUGCUGCAAACUUUCCUGAUCUUCCGGUAGCAGACAGUCUCUCAGUCAACACAGCAGCAGGAGACGAGAGGAGGGACACAGCGGACCGAGCAGCGGAGGACGACCCAACCCGUUUAUUACACAGGGGAACUUCUCAAUGCGACCGUCAGUUAGCUGGUGCUGAGGGCUUGUUGUUGAAGGCACUAUGCCCCAGGCUGCUGACAUGAUCAGCCUGAGCUACCUGUCCGACUCCGAGCGGGAGCUGAUCCUGGAGGUGCUGCAGCGGGACGAGGAGCUGAGGCAGACGGAGGAGCAGCGUGUGCGGAAGCUGAAGACAGAGUUACUGGAUGUGAAGAGGAAAGGAGCCAAACGUGGCAGUGGAAAAUACAGUCAGCGUAUUUGUGGCCGAUGCCUGGAGCCUCUGAGUCGACUGACCAUUUUCUCCAGCCAGUGCAAGAUGUGCAAUCACCACGUGUGCGGCAAAUGCCGGACAGUCCUCCCCAAUGGAUCCUGGCUGUGCUGUGUGUGCGCCAAAGAAUCGGAUCUAAAGAAAAGGACGGGUGACUGGUUUUACGAUCAAAGGGUCAACCGGUUCUCCACUAUGCCAGGACACAACCUAGUGAGGGUUUCGCUAAAAAAGAAACCCCUAUUGAAGAGGCGUGAGACGACCGGGGAAGUACUGUUGAGAAAUACAGAAAUAAACCCAGAACUCCCCACUCCUGUGCCUCUGCCCAGGCUGAAAAAUCAAACAGACAACAAAGGUCAUUCAGUCGAGAAUUCAGUUGCUUCCAAAGAAUCGUUUGAAUCCAAGGAGGACGUCGGGUCAAAGUUGACUCGCAGUGAUACAGAGUCUGCAGAAAAUGCCAGUUUAAGCAGCAUUAAAACUGGGACUGAGUCCGGUGGUAUGACCCCUGAGCAAGAGAGGAGAGGGAAGCAGUCUCUCCAGUCCAGUCCAACAGGGUCUACUGUUUCCAGUCUGACCAUCCCAGUCAAACCAUCUAUCAACACCAACACAGAAGCAAACCCUGCUCCAGAAGUAAAACCUGUCAGUCCGAGCCCAGAGUUGGACGUUGACAGACUUUUCAAGAAGAGCAUCAAACGAGCCCCAAAGCCUCCUGAGUGUGUAUCGACACUCGACCUACGUGACGCACGCGAUGAACCUGACGCCUCGAUGGGCUACAAGAGCCGUUCUGUACCAGGUUUAGAUGUUCAGGAAGAUGACGAGGAGGAGGAAGAUAUUGACAGCUUGGUUAGCUUUCACAAAAGGACAAUGGGAACCAGCUCCUCCAGCCUGCACAGCUCAAAGAGCGCACUGGGCAGCACGAUGAGUAUUUACAGUGAAGCAGGAGACUUUGACAGCGUGGAGGUGAGCGGAAACAUCGUCUUCUCUAUGAGCUACGACGAAGAAAGCCAGAGCCUCCAGGUCUUCAUCAAGGAGUGCCAAGGGCUGGCUUACGCCGAUGCCCCGCGGCAGCUUUCAAACCCUUAUGUCAAGUGUUAUCUGCUCCCUGACAAAUCUCGCCAGAGCAAAAGGAAGACCACCAUCAAGAGAAACACCAUCAACCCCGUCUAUAAAGAAACACUUAAGUACUCCAUCAGCCGCUCUCAGCUGUUCACCCGCUCCAUGUUAAUAUCAGUCUGGCAUCAUGGUCGCCUCAGCCGCAACGUCUUCCUGGGAGAAGUGGAGAUCCCUCUGGACUGCAGAGACCUCGACUCCCCGUACGAAGAAAAUGUGGCUCUGAUGUCAAAGGCAGCCUUCACUGCACAGACUUCAGCUUUUGCUCAGUAUAAAGGAGAGUUGGUGAUCUCCCUGAAGUAUGUCACACAAAAGCCAGCGACUGAGAAAAUCAAAGUUAAGAAGAGAGAGGCCGUGACUGAACACGGGGGAGAACUGCAUGUCUUAAUUAAAGAGGCGAAGAAUUUGAUGGCAAUGCAACCAGGAGGGACAUCAGACAGCUUUGUGAAAGGAUACUUGUUCCCAACUAAAGGGAAGAGCACAAAAAGGAAGACUCCAGUCGUGAAGAAGAACCUGAACCCCCACUACGACCACACGUUUGUGUACAAGGAUCUGGCUCUGGAGCAGCUGAGGGAGAUGUGUCUGGAGCUGACUGUGUGGGACAAGGAGGCCAUAAGCAAUGAAUUCCUGGGAGGAGUUCGUCUCAGCUCAGUAAAAGGCACUGUUAAAAUAAGCAAAGAGGAAGUGGAAAUGGACUCGGUUGGCGAGGAGGUCAGUCUGUGGGAGAAGAUGAUGCAGUACCCUGACUCGUGGGCAGAGGGAACUCUUCCACUGCGAUCCACUAUGCGAAAGGAGAAGGGCAAAUAAGGACAGCAGCGCAACCCUGGAACUUCAAGGAAAAGAGACUGAGAAAAGGAGAAGCUGUGACUUCUGAGACGAAUGUGAGAUUAAUGAGGAAUGUGGAUACGUUUUAUUUUGAAACUCAUCAGACUCACGGUUUACUGGCCUCCUGAACAACAGACAUCUGUUCGCAACCCCCUCACACACACUGCAGACUGGUGUUACUGCUGGAAAUGUGUCAAAGCAUUCAACUCUAACUCUUUAAUUCAAGAGCAUUGACAAAGUCGUUUUAUGUUUUUUAAAUUCAGGCUUCAUACAUUAAAAUCAUGCACAGCACUUAGCAGAGAAACAGUGUUACACGUGUUUCUUUAUAGUUAUAUACAGAAUUUGUUUUGCUGCAUUCAACAAA